UCCAAUUGUUUUGGAAGAGAAAGUGCUGAAAUUAAACAAAAAAUCCUCGAAUUAAAGACUUAAUUAAGCAAAAAAUCACGAAAAACCUCUGAAAAAAUGUCGGAGGACCUCCUUUAUUACGUGUUUAUUCCUGUGUCAGCUGCUGUCGCCAGUAUUUGGGCAAUUCGGAAGCUACGGGAGUACCAAUGGGGAUGGAUCAAGAACAAAUAUCCUUUGAAUGAUCGGAUUUACAUCAUCACAGGAGCAAAUACGGGCCUUGGUUUCGAAACAACAAAGGCUCUUGUGCAUCGCGGAGCAACUGUUAUCAUGGCAUGUCGCUCUUUGGACCGCGCUAAUGAAGCCAUCUCCAAAAUUCGACAAACAACCGGUCAAGGGACGAUGAUCCCCUUGUGCCUUGACUUGUGUUCCUUCGACUCGAUCGAGAAAUUUGCCGAUAAGAUCAAAGACGAGUACUCAAACUUCAAUUGUCUCAUCGAAAAUGCCGGUUUGGCGGUGAAUGGCGACGAAAAAACCGCCGAAGGGCAUGAAAUUCACUUUGGAGUCAACCAUUUGGGACACUUUUUCCUCACAGACUUGCUAAAAGACGUGAUCAAGAACAACCAAUCGCGAAUUGUGGUUGUUUCGAGUCGCAUGCACGAACGUGCAACCAUCGAUUUUGACAAUUUGGGCAAAUAUGUGGCACCCAAACCAGGCGAUCGCAUGAAUCACAUGUACAACAAUUCGAAACUCAUGAAUUUUUAUUUUGCAAGGCAACUUUAUAAGCAAGGAUAUGAUGCGCACGUUUUGUGUCCCGGAUUGUGUCACACGGAUUUCUUUAGGCAUUACAAUCCAAAGUGGUAUCAUUACGUACUCUUCUCUCCGAUCGCUUGGUGGUAUCUUCGUUCAGCGGAACAAGGCGCACAAAAUAUAAUUUUCGCAGCAACAGAUAAUGUCAAUACGAGUCUGAAGAAUCCCGGAAAUGGAUAUAUUGUGAAGGAUAUGCGACAAGCAAAGUCAAAGGUUAAAUUUUCUGAUGAGGUUGGAGAUAGAUUAUGGAAUGAGAGCAUGAGACUGUGUCGGUUGGCGAGAUCGUUGAAGAAAUGACAGUAAAUUGUGUUUUAGAAAGUUUUUAAAAUUGUGGAAAAAGGUAUCAGGGUUAGAUAUUUUAUUGUACUGUUUGUGUCGAAUACUUAUUUAAUAAUAAAAUACUCAUUAAAAGA